GCCUACUGCGUUCCUGAAGACUCACAAUGUCGGGGCCGCUGCCUCGGGCUGGCCAGCGGGCAGGCCCGAACCCAUCGCCUCGCACACGCCGGCCCAAGCCCGCAGCCGAUGCGUGGCGUGUGGCGAAGGCCUUCGAGGGCCCCACGACGCGGCGCACAUGCCUGGGACCCGCCCGCCCGCCCUUCUCUCGCGUCGGCGACAAGACCGGGAGCCCGGACGCGCGGAGGCUGACCUGGAGCCUACCCAUGAGGCAGCGCGCCGGUUGUUCGCGAACCCCCUCACCCCCCUUCUCCCGGCUCGGCUGCCUGCUCCGCAAUGGGAGCCGCCGCCGUUGCCGCCGUGUAGUUUUUCGUGCUCCUCCUUUUCCUCCUCCUCUUUCUCCUCCUCCUCAGGGCUCCAGUCAGGCCGAUCCGCUCCGCUCACGGAAGGAAAACCGAGAUACUGUUUGCUGUCUUGUCUGGAGUCACAUGAUAUUUCAAAAAUGGCGGAACUCUUUAUGGAAUGUGAGGAGGAAGAACUGGAGCCAUGGCAGAAGAAAGUAAAAGAGGUUGAGGAUGAUGAUGAUGAUGAGCCCAUCUUUGUUGGAGAGAUAUCAAGUUCAAAACCAGCAAUUUCAAAAUCUCAAGUUGAAUUUGUACUGAUUGUGGAUAUUUUGAACAGAGUAAACCCCAGCUCAUAUUCAAGGGGAGUAAAGAAUGGUGCAGUCAAUCGAGGUAUUUCUGCUGCAUUCAAGCCCACAAAUCAGCACUAUGUGAAUCCAUCAUCAAAUCCUGUGACUCCUUCACCAGCAAAUUUUCAUCCUGAAUCUAGAUCUUCAAAUAGUUCUGUUAUUGUUCAACCUUUUACUAAAACUGGUUCUGUAACAAACUCCUUGCAAGUUGUGUCUAAUAGUGCUCCAGAGUUACUGUUUGACCUGACCCGGGAUGUAAGCUUAUCACAUUUUCAAGGUGGACCAACACUUUCUGUAGCAGGUGUGAAUGAAAAUUCAUUUUUAUCAAAACGUCCUUCUGCUUCUGAAGUAAACAGUGUUAGUCCAAAAAAACCCAAGCCCGGUGAAAAUGUUCCUGGAACAAAUUCUUCAGCUAUAUUCCCUUCAGUUACAUCUCCUUCAGUGACCCCUCCCCAGGCAAUGCCAUCAAAAGGUACAAAUGCCUCAUCGAAUCAAUCUAAAAAUGGAACACCUUUUCCAAAAGCUUGUCCAAAGUGCAAUAUUCAUUUCAAUCUUUUGGAUCCUCUGAAAAAUCACAUGAAGUAUUGUUGUCCAGACAUGAUAAAUAGCUUUUUGGGGCUGGCUAAAACAGAGUUUUCAAGUACAACAAAUAAAAGUAAGACUGUUGAUUCAGAGAAAGGAAAAUUGAUCAUGUUAGUUAAUGACUUUUAUUAUGGAAAACAUGAAGGAGAUGUCCAGGAAGAACAGAAGACUCAUACAACCUUUAAAUGCUUCAGUUGCUUGAAAGUCUUAAAAAAUAAUAUUAGGUUUAUGAACCACAUGAAACAUCAUUUGGAACUUGAGAAGCAGAGCAGUGAGAGCUGGGAAAACCACACCACCUGCCAGCACUGCUACCGUCAGUUUCCCACACCAUUUCAGCUGCAGUGUCACAUCGAAAGUACACACACUCCACAUGAAUUUUCUACAAUUUGUAAAAUCUGCGAAUUAUCAUUUGAGACAGAACAUGUUCUUUUGCAACAUAUGAAGGACAAUCAUAAACCUGGUGAGAUGCCGUAUAUUUGCCAGGUUUGUAAUUAUAGGUCGUCAUCAUUUUCUGAUGUAGAAACUCAUUUCAGAACAUCUCAUGAAAACACUAAGAACUUGCUAUGUCCAUUUUGCCUCAAAGUUAUUAAAAUUGCAACACCCUAUAUGCACCAUUACAUGAAGCAUCAGAAAAAAGGAAUACAUCGUUGUACAAAAUGCAGAUUGCAAUUUUUGACAUGCAAAGAGAAAAUGGAUCACAAGACUCAGCAUCAUCGAACAUUUAUAAAACCUAAACAACUAGAAGGAUUGCCUCCUGGGACAAAAGUUACUAUUCGAGCUUCAGUUGGACCUCUUCAAUCAGGAUCUUCAGUUACACCAUCCAUUAGUGCAAGCACUUCUACCCUUCAGCUUUCACCUCCAAGGACUAAAAAUAUAACUGAUAAAACUCCCACAAAGUUGAAUACAAGUAAACCUAAUACAACCAAAUCCAAUGCAAGUAAACCCAGUGCCAGUAAGCCUAAUGGAAAUAAAUCUAAAUAUAAAUCAAAAAUAUCUAAUAUACAAAAGAAACAAAGCACAUUGGCUAGUAGCAAUAAAAAAAGUAAAGUUAACACAGCAUUGAGGAACUUAAGGUAUCGUCGGGGCGUUCACAAGUGCAUUGAAUGUUGUUCCGAAAUAAAAGAUUUUGCAAACCAUUUUCCUACAUAUGUCCACUGUAGUUUUUGCAGAUACAACACUAGCUGUAGCAAAGCCUAUGUAAAUCAUAUGAUGAGCUUUCAUAGUAACCGUCCAAGUAAAAGGUUUUGUAUAUUUAAGAAGCAUUCAGAACUCAGGGGCAUUACUGUGGUGUGCCUUAAUUGUGAUUUCCUAAGUGGUGUUUCUGACUUAGAUAAUAUGGCUACACACUUAUGUCAACAUGAAACUCACAUUUGCCAAGUUGUAAUGAAGAAAGUUUCUGUUUGUACCCCAACUUCUGAACAUCUUUCUGAAUUAAAAAAUGAAGCUCCCAGUAAGGAACGAGAACCUGAGGCUAAGGAAGUUACAAAACCUAAUAUGACUGAAGGAGAAAUACAAAUAUCACAUGCAGAAAGAAAACAUGGUAAAGCUCCUUCAGAAGAAAAAAAUGAAUGUGAUGCAAAUUUAUGUGAAGACUCAUCAGCAGCAAAAAGUGAAGAAAGCCUCACGGUUUCAGACAAGGAAAAUGAUCCUUGUCUUAGAGACCAGGAAAUUGACUCAAAGACUGUCUCCAAUUAUGAUUCAAAUACUAGUACAGAUGAAGUGGAAAAGGAAAAACAAGAACAGCCCGUUUGUCAGGAAGCAGAACCGAGGAUAUGCACAGAUUCAGAAAAGAUAGUUUCAUGUGAUCAGAAGGAAAAUCUUCACUCCAAUGAAGCUAGUUCUUCAAAGAAUAUUAAGGAUUUACGACUAGCAUCUGGUGAUGUUACCAUUGAUCUGUUUCUGAGAAAAAGAGAUGAGCCUAAAUCUGUUAGUUCUGAUGUCAGUGAGCAAGGCAGUGUUCAUUUGGAGCCUUUGACUCCGUCAGAGGUACUGGAGUUUGAAGCUACAGAAAUUCUUCAGAAAGGUAAUGGUGAUCCUGCUGCUAACCCUGAUGAAAGCGUGUCUGAAACAGAUGACAUUCCUGAAGGAAAUAGUCCUGGCACCACAGAGACCACAGUAGACCUGGCAGAUGAAAGAGAAAAAAGUUGAAAUUAGUCUAAGUUUCAGUGUCCCGAUGGAAAGAGCAUUUGCAGCAGCCCUAUCAGGUGAGCUCAGUGGUGCUGGUGUGGAGAUCAGAAGCAGAAAUGUGAAGGAGGUCUUUCCUGUGCUUCACCCACCUUCAACCUAAGCAAUAAACCAGUCAGUCCACUGAUGUUACCUUGAUUAGGAUGGCUUUCCAGGUUUCUAAAGACAUGAAUAGUGUGUUCCUGAAGGUUAGGUCUGCAACGGGAAGCUGUCGAUUUAACAGUUUGAGGAAGUGGGACUUGGUUGCCAUAUGAAUUUAUUAAAAGAAUUCUGGCCACAUUAGCAAUUUUCAUCAGUCCUAAGCAGGAAGUUAUUAUUGCCUGUAUAUCCUUUUCAGUUAAAGGCAGAGAUCUGGAGAGCAUGUACCCUUUGGGAAAUAAUAGAUUUAAAGUAAAGGCUGCUUGGCAUUGUUAAUCAAGGCCUUGUUUUGAACAUCAUGCUGGUAAGCAGAGCAUGCUCAGAGUGCUAAAUUGACCUGAUGAGAACUUGGGUGAACAUAAACUUAAUUUUGAUUUUAAUCUAACAUUCCAGUCUGUCAGAAGCAUGUAAGCAGAAUAUUUGAAUCUGUGUACCUCCAUACAAGUGUUAGCCUGUCAGGCUGUAAGCUUACCUUGAAAUAAACUUUCAGUGAAAGUAAAAUUAUUAAAAUAUAACUUUAUAUUUGUGCUUUUUGUCAGUAAGCUGUGCAGAAAUCCCAUGUAGUAGAAACCUAUUGUUAUAACUCCUGUAGCUAUUAUGCUUUUAAUAUUGUUUUGAAGAAUUUUAGAAAUAGGCCCAUAAAAAAGGUCUGGAAGCCAAAGCAAAGUCUGGUAUAAUGUAGAUAUUGUAAAGCAGUAAACUGAAAACAUGUCUGGGCAUGGAUUCAGCUAUGUUUAAUUGACUUUUCUUUGACUGUAAAAUAAUAACUUCAAAUGGGACCUAACUUGGUGAUGUAAAAAUUGGUUUUGGGAAUUGAGCCUGUUUGUCCAUAAGAUGGCUGUUACAUUGAUUUUUCCAUUUUUUUAUCAUCUAGAAAAUAAAUAAUAGAUACAGAAAUAAUAUGAAAACCAGUAGUUUGUUCUGAAGUACUAAUAAGCUUUUAUUUAAAAAGCUACAUUUUAACUUCUUAAAAUGUGCUUUAAAUCCCUAGAUUUUGUUUCACUGAAUGUUAAAUGUUUUAAAUGGCUAUUAAAAUUCUGCUGUACAUAGUAGUUUUUGAGUAAAUAUUUGCAAUAAAAAUUUGUCUCUGAAUAA